AUGAGGUGUUUCAGGCACAGUCCGCGUCACUUAAGAAGGAGCGUGCAUGCUCGAGUGACGGAAGAAAAGCCUCAUCUGGUCGAGGUUCCAGAGAGUGAACCCGACUUACCAUCGACUCUGAGAAAACGUAAGGUGAAGAAGAGAGUCCUGCCAGAGUUUUACCAGUCUGUGCAAGUCACGCCUACGCGUAAAGCUAGCUCCAGUUCGGGGAACCCUUCCCUGCACUGCUCCAUGUCUUCCUCGGCAGACAUCUCGGACGAGGAUGACUACAGCGUGAAAUCUGGGUCCGCGUCACCCGCACCCGGGGACACUUUACCCUGGAACCUGCCGAGACAUGAGCGGUCCAAGAGGAAGAUCCAGGGAGGAUCCGUGCUGGACCCGGCGGAGAGAGCCGUGCUCCGGAUCGCAGAUGAAAGAGACAGAGUGCAGAAAAAGACCUUUACAAAAUGGAUAAACCAGCACCUGCUGAAGGUACGGAAGCACAUAAAUGACUUAUAUGAAGACUUACGAGAUGGACAUAACCUGAUCUCGCUGCUGGAGGUUUUAUCUGGAGAUACCUUGCCGAGGGAGCGUGAUUUUCUGAAGACUUUGCGGUUGGUCAAACUUGUAAAUAUCAGAAAUGAUGACAUCACAGACGGCAACCCGAAACUGACUCUGGGAUUGAUCUGGACCAUAAUUUUGCACUUUCAGAUCUCAGAGAUCCAUGUCACAGGGGAGUCUGAGGACAUGACAGCCAAGGAGAGACUUCUGCUCUGGUCCAAACAGAUAACAGAUGGUUAUGUAGGUGUGCGGUGUGAAAACUUCACAACGUCCUGGAGGGAUGGCAGGCUGUUCAAUGCCAUUAUCCAUAAAUACAGACCAGAUUUGGUUGACAUAAGUCACGUGUCGGGGCAGACCAAUCGCUCAAAUUUGGAACAAGCAUUUAGUGUAGCUGAACAGUUGGGGGUGGCCAGACUGCUUGACCCUGAGGAUGUUGAUGUUCAGUCUCCCGAUGAGAAAUCUGUGAUCACAUAUGUCUCAACGCUAUAUGACGCCUUCCCCAAAGUACCUGAUGGCGUUGAUGGCAUAAGUCCUAAUGAUGUUGAUAUCAAAUGGGUGGAGUACCAGAACAUGAUCAAAUACCUCAGCCAAUGGAUCAAGCACAACGUGGCCGUGAUGUCAGACAGAUCUUUCCCCAACAACCCCAUGGAACUAAAGGCACUUUAUAAACAAUACCAGCAAUUUAAAGAACGUGAAAUCCCACUUAAAGAAAAUGAGAAAACAAAAAUAAAAAACCUCUACAAAAUGCUCGAGAUGUGGAUCGAGUUUGGACGUAUUCAGUUGCCCCCCGGUCAUCAUCCGAACGAUGUGGAGAAGGAAUGGGGUAAAUUGAUUGUUGCUAUGCUGGAAAGAGAAAAGAGCCUGCGGCCAGAAGUGGAAAGGCUUGAGAUGUUGCAGCAAAUUGCCAACAGAGUCCAGCGGGACUGCGUUCAUGGAGAAGACAAGCUGGCUUUGGCCAGAACAGCCCUCCAGUCGGACACCAAGCGUCUCGAGUCUGGCAUACAGUUCAUAAAUGAAGCUGAGGUUGCGAGCUACCUGUUGGAGUGUGAGAACAUCCUCAGACAGCAAGUUGUGGACAUCCAAAUUCUUCUGGAUGGGAAGUUUCCAUUUGCAGAUCAGCUCGUUCAAAGGGUAUCCAGACUCCGGGAUGAUCUUCUGGCCCUUCGAGCCGAGUGCUCCUCCGUGUACAGCAAAGGUCGCACCCUGACAACAGAGCAAACCAAAAUGAUGAUCUCAGGCAUCACACAGAGCCUGAACUCUGGCUUUUCCCAGAGCAUCAACGCAAGCCUGACACCAGCCAUUAAUCCUGCACUCACCUCAGGGGAUUUAGGCGCCCCUGGGUCCACCUUCACCUCUGGCCUUACAACGUGUCUAACCCCAUCCUUGACCCCAGCCUUGACCCCCAGUCUGCAGCCUGCUUCGGUACAGAGCUACAUGGGAAAUGGUGGCGGCAUGGAGCCGGGUAACCUCAUGCAUCUGAAACACAUGCAGAUCAGAAAGCCCUUACUGAAGUCCUCCCUGGCAGACCCCAGCAUGACAGAGGAGGAGGUUAACAUGAAAUAUGUGCAGGACCUCCUGAACUGGGUGGAAGAGAUGCAGUUGCAGCUAGAGCGUUCAGAGUGGGGAACUGAUUUGCUAAGUGUGGAAAUGCAUUUGGACAACCACAAAAGUGUCCACAGAGCGAUUGAAGAAUUCCAGAUGAGUCUUAAAGAUGCCAAACUGAGUGAAAUUCAGAUGACCAUGCCUCUUAAGCUGGCUUAUUCGGAUAAACUGAACAAACUGGAAAGGCAGUAUGAACGGCUGUUGAGCUGUUCGAGGGAGCGGCAAACCAACCUGGAAUGCCUUCAUGACUUUGUGUCACAUGCAACUCAAGAGCUCAUCUGGCUGAAUGAGAAGGAGGAAGAGGAGGUCGCCUUCGACUGGAGCGAUCGCAACAACAGCAUCUCCAAGAAAAGAGACUAUCAUGCAGACCUGAUGAGGGAGCUGGAAGAAAAGGAGGAAGCCAUCAAGUCUGUGCAGGACAAGGCAGAGCGCCUCAUGCUCAAGAACCACCCAGCCAGACUAACAAUUGAAGCGUACAAAGCUGCAAUGCAGACACAGUGGAGUUGGAUUUUACAGCUCUGCUCAUGCGUAGAACAGCAUCUCAAAGAGAAUGCUGUUUAUUUUGAGUUUUUUAGUGAUGCCAAAGAGUCCAUGGACUACCUUAAAAAUCUCCAAGAUUCCAUUCAAAGGAAAUUCAGCUGUAAUCGGUCAAGCAGCCUGCACAGGUUGGAGGAUCUCAUCCAGGAGUCCAUGGAUGAGAAAGAGCAGCUUCUUCAGUACCGCAGCGCUGUCGCAGGGUUAGUGGGCAGGGCCAAAAACAUUGUGCAGCUGAAGCCCAGGAACCCGGAAACUCCCCUCAGAUCCUCCAUCCCGGUCAAAGCGAUCUGUGAUUAUCGGCAAAUAGAGAUUACCAUUUAUAAAGAUGAUGAGUGUGUGCUGGCCAAUAACUGUCAUCGAGCCAAGUGGAAAGUUAUCAACCCAGCAGGGAACGAGGCCAUGGUGCCCUCUGUGUGCUUCACUGCGCCUCCACCUAACAAAGAGGCUGUUGACAUGGCUGCCAGGACUGAGCAGUUGUACCAAAAUGUCCUGGCACUGUGGCACCGCUCUCACAUUAACAUGAAGAGUGUGGCGUCCUGGCAUUACCUCAUGGCUGACAUACGUGCCAUCCGCAACUGGAAUGUGGCCUCUAUAAAGACGAUGUUGCCAGGUGAGCAUCAGCAGGUUUUGAGCAAUCUGCAGACCCAUUUGGCUGAGUUCCUGGAGGACAGCGAGGAAUCAGAGGUGUUCACAAUGGCAGACUGUGCUCAGCUAGAGAGAGACGUGGCGGCCUGCAAGGAAUAUUACCAGGAACUGCUGCGAUCUGCAGAAAGAGAGGAACACGAGGAGUCAGUGUACAAUCAUUACAUAUCCGAAAUCCGCAACUUCCGCAUGCACCUGGAAGGCCAUGAAGAACACCUGAUCAGACAAAUCCGCACUCCGCUGGAAAGAGACGACUUGGAGCAGAGUCUGCAUCGCAUCACUGAGCAUGAGAGGAAGACAGAUGAGUUGGAGAGGAUGAAGGAUGAUCUGGAUGUCCUGAAGGAGAAGUGUGAGGUGUUCCUCCGACAGGCAGCAGCUUCUCCGUCUGCGUCGACACUUUCCUCCGAGCUCUCUGUCCUCCUUCAAAGCAUGAACCAAGUGUACUCCAUGUCCUCCAUUUAUUUGGACAAACUAAAAGCAGUGAGUCUAGUUGUGAAGCACAGUCAGAGUGCAGAGGCUCUUGUUAAAACCUACGAGUCCAAACUUUAUGAAGAAGAGGCCACGAGCUCUGACGUCAAAUCCAUUGAAAGCAUCAUUUCAACACUUAAGCAAUGGCGGACAGAGAUUGACGAAAGACAGGAGGUGUUCCACGACAUGGAGGAUGAACUGCAGAAAGCUCGCGUCAUCAGCGAUCGCAUGUUUAAGGCCCACAAUGAGCGGGACUUUGAUCUGGACUGGCACAAAGAGAAGGCGGAUCAGCUGAGUGAGAGAUGGCAGAACAUUCACGUACAGAUUGAUGGCAGACUUCGGGAUCUGGAGGGCAUCAGCAAGUCUCUGAAGCACUACAGAGACUCCUACUCGAGUCUGGACGAAUGGAUCAGAGAACUGGAAACGGUGCAGCUGAAGGCUCAAGAAAACAAACCUGAUGACAGCAAAGCUCUUGCUGAGCUGUUAAACAAACAAAAGGUUCUCGUUGCUGAAAUUGAACAAAAACAGAGCAGGAUUGACGAGUGUCAAAAGUAUUCAGAGCAAUACUGUUCUGCUAUUAAGGAUUAUGAACUUCAGCUGAUGACAUUCAGGGCGAUGGUCGACUCCCAGCACAAAUCUCCUCUCAAGAAGCGGAGGAUCCAGAGCUCUUCUGAUGCGAUUCAACAGGAGUUUAUGGAUCUCCGAACCCGUUACACAGCUCUUGUGACUCUAAUGACCCAGUACGUAAAGUUUGCCAGUGAAACACUGAGGAGAACAGAAGACGAGGAGAGAUCUGUUGAUGAGGAGAAGCGAGAGCAUGGCGAUAAAGUUAACAAGCUAUUGCACUGGAUGUCUGGUGUGAAACUGACAAUGAGCAAUGACGGGCAUGCUCUGAAAGAUAGUAAUGCCAACACAGACACCUCAAAUAAAUGCCAGGUGUCUGUUGAGGAAAUGGUAUCUAAAAAGGAUCAAAUUGCAGAAGCGCUGCUAGCUGCACAGAUGCUGCUCAACAAACAUGGUGACAAGAUGACAGAAGAGGACAGAGAGAACACUGAGAAGCAGCUGAAAGCUCUCAGUGAGGCUUACAGCGAGCUCUCUCAGCAGUGUUCAGACCAGACAACCUCUGCAGAUGAGGUUUCAAACACUAACGAGACUGGUGCUGGAACCACGACUGGGCCGUCUGAUCAAAUGAUUCCUGUCACUCUCCCAGACGCCCUUACAAGCUCCAGCCUUUCCCUGUCUGAGCCCCAUGUCUUUCUGGACUGGGAUGAAAGUCUCAAAAGCAAUCACAUGCACACACCCACAUUGAACCCCCUCCCAGAGUACAAAGAGAACAAAUGCAUACAAGGUUCACAUUUCUUAUCUGUGCCCCUGUCUGACGUAGCAGCUGUUAGGGAAGAGUUUAGUGGUGAGGAUCUGGUCAUUAAAAUAAUAGAAACCAAUCAGGUCAGUGAUGGACUGAAUGUGUGCUACACAGGGGAUGUGUUGACCCUGGAGAAGGCAUUUCAGUGUGGUCUAAUUCCUGCUUCGGCCUAUGUAAAGAUUCUGCAGAGGCAAGCGUCCUCUCAGGAUGUGAGGCAGCUGAGCUUGGCUGAAAAUGUGUUGCAUUUUGAGCCUGAAGUGAAGGUUAAUCACAGUGAGGUUAAUGGAUUGAUAUUAAAGUGUCUCUGUGGAGAUAAAUCACUGGCAUCAGAGAGGAAAUUUAACACUCUGAGGUCAGUUUGUGAUGGUUUAAAUGAUCCUGAGACCACAUCAAGCCCAUUAAGCAGUAAAGUGAGUGAUGUCACAGAAAAUUUAAAUAUAGCUGAAGUGUCAGAAGGUGCUGGCGACCUCCUUAACAACGAUGGGCUGAGAGUGGAUGUAGCGGUUCAGUGUGAUUUGAUGAGCCCUAGCAGCACUCUUAUAGUUUUGGGACAUCAGCAGCAGUUUAUGGGACUUGUGCUGCCUCUUUCUGGGGAAACUACGCCCUCCUCUUUCCAGCAAAUCACCACCAGUGGGUUUACCAGCAAACUGUUCAGUAAUCGAGGAAAAAUAGCUGCUUUCUACAUUCCAGAAAGUUCAGAGGUAAUGGACAUCGCCUCUGCUGUUAGAAAUGGUCUGAUAGACAAAUACACAGCAGACAUUCUGAAAUCUGCUGAAAUCCCUGAUGUGUUUCCUGACAUUCACUUAAGUGAAAGGUUUUCAACAUGGCUCAUGUAUAAGAAACUAACAAUUGAUAGAUGGUGUCAUUCUGCAGAAAUGUCUGAACUGACCUUCCCCACUCCCACAGAGGCCGAGCACUUAUUCACCUCAUACUUAAUGAUUAACAGCUACAUUGAUCUAAGCUCAACUCUGAGGGUUUUGAUAUUCGAUAGUCAGUUAAAAGAAACGGCUCAAGCUUUUCUUAAAGACCCAAUAUUUUCUCAGAAUGUCACUUUCAACACCAGUGGUCAGUCAGAACUGGCAGAUGUUGAAGUAUUGUUGCAAAUAAAUGAGGAAGCAGAGAAAGUAAGAAAAGACACGCAGACUGACAGCAGACGCACUCUCCAUGACAACACAAUCCAAACAUUUGAGCCUCAUAAUUCUACUUGUCUGAGCAAAACACAAGUGACUUUUAACAAAGAAUCUGUGAUAAAGGACAAUUUGACAAACCAAAAUCCUGUCAGGGAAUGUUUUGUGGAUAAUUACACUGAUCUGAUUCAUAAAAAACAAGAAGUGGCAGAAGAUAUCUUUCAAAACAGCAAAAGUUGGACAGAAUUGGAUGAAUGUAAAGAUAAUUUUUGUGGUAACAGUGCAAAACCUGACACUAAAGAUACAGUCAGAGAACUCCAUGAUGUUCCAGCUUGUCUGGAAGUGCCAUUCGUUUCACCAUUAUGCUCUGUUGAAAGUAAAAGCGCAGAGUCAUCACAGAUAUUUGCAAAUGAAGCCACAUUGACGUCUACUCAUCAUAUACUACCACACUGCAACGCUGAGUCACUGUGCAGGGAACCAGAAACUGCGGACCAAGCUAAAUUAAGCUGCUCUGUUAAUGUGAUGGAAAGUGAACGUGAACAUCCUUUCCAUCUUCUGAAAGCUCAAAUAGCUGACUCACGCUUUGACGACAUCACCACAAACAACCUGGCAGAGGAGCGCAGAGUGCUGGAGCUGGUUGACCUGGGGUCAGUUGAAAAAACUGAUGCUUUAAGUGAUGGGGAAAACACAUGUUUGAGUCUGAAACAAGAAGCCAAACCUCAAGCACAUGAGCAGAGCUUUUUGGGGUCUGAUUGCGAGACAUUGCAGUUUGGAUCAGGCGAACAUUUGGACUCAGAUUCUGAACUCUGCAUUUAUCCAGAACAAUGCAUUUCUGACGCUUCUGAAUAUCAAACUGUGGAUUUAAGUGAAGAAAAUGGAGCUGGAAACAUGCAGCAGCUGACUGAGAGGAAGGUGACUGUUUCAGUGCUUGAUUUACCAAUUGAAGAGAUGGAGAGUGCAAUAAAACAGAGAAAAAUCGAAACGACUAGUGUCCAUGUGGAUCACUCCCGUUCAUCAGACAGUUGUCUUGAGUUUGCGAUGAUCUCACCUUCCUGUUGGAGUCAAGUAACUGCAGACUGUGAUUUUCACAAAGACAAUCCGACUUUACCGGCAGACAGUGACUCACAGGUUGUGAUUAAUAGGCAGAAGACAGGUGGAGUACAUUUUUGCAGCGUGAUGGAGAACACUGACCUAACAAUAGAUUUAAAUACAUCAUGUCUGAGUGACAGAACCUCCACUCCUGACUCAGAAAACCAGGCUCGACAUGUCACUGCGCCUUUUAACUGCCAGGGAUUGAAUAACCAGCUGACUGAUGGCGGUGUCAGCAUUGACUUUGAUUCCCAAGAGGAAUUGCGUGCAGUUACUGAGAGCGAAUUUGACACGUCUUUAUUUUCACACAGUGAUCCGUCUGAGGAAAGUAGAACAGAGAGCAAGACGAGUGAUGUUCGCUCAGCUUUGCAAAGGGAUCCAGGCACAUCGUCGCCUGGGAAUUUGGUUGAAAUGGCAAACAUCUUGGUUUCAAGGAGUCUUGAUGACUUUGACUUAAAGUGCGCAGAAGACGGCAGUAGCCACGCGUCGCCUCAACAAGCAACGUUUUAUUCAGAACGUGCUGAAUUUCAGCCUAGUUGCUGCCAAACCGUUCAGAUUCAGAGUGAACCUGCUUGUGAGAAACCUGCACAAAAAUUAAACACCUCUCCUGACUUUUCUGCUCUUUCCAUUGACUUAAAUGCAGCAAGGGCUGUGAGUAACAUGAGCAGUGAUAUGGAAGCUCCAGCUUUGACUAGUAAUGAUUUGUCAAUACCCCAAGUCAGUGGCGCAAACGAUGUGAGGUCAGACGAGGAGAGACUUUCUCUAGAAAAGCAUGAAGACACUUUAAUAGUCCUGACUGAUGCUGAGCAGAUCGCAUUAUCAAAAGAAGAGAAUGAGGGUAAAAACAGAAGUAUGUCCAACUUAAAUCUACCCUCUGUAUCUUUAAACGUUGAUUUGGUGCAGCCUGAAACCAACAAAGGAGAAGAUUUAGGAUCUUAUAGUGAAUCAGAGACAGGUCCUCAACUAGACAGCUGCAUUACAGGGAGCAAACCUACACAACAGUUAAACUCCACUUCUGACUUACCUACUUUUUUAAAUGCAGCAAAUGCUGUAAGUAACAUGAGCAGUGAUAUGGAAGCUCCAGUUUUGACAGAUGAUUUGCCAAACUCCAAAGUCAGUGGUGAAAACGAUGUGAACUUAUACGAGGAGAGACUUUCUCUAGAGAAGCAACAUGAAGACACGUUUAUAGUCCUGACUAACGCUGAGCAGAUCCCAUUAUCAAAAGAAGAGAAUGAGGGUAAAAACAAAAGUAUAUCUAACUUACCGAUACAUCUACCCUCUGUAUCUUUACACUUUGACUUGGUACUACCUGAAACCAACAAAGGAGAAGAUUUAGGAUCUUCUAGUGAAUCAGAGACAGGUCCUCUACUAGAUAGCUUCAUUACAGAGAGCAAGCCUACACAACAGUCAAACUCCACUUCUGACUCACCUACUUUUAUAAAUGCAGCAAAUGUGAGUAACAUGAGCAGUGAUAUGGAAGCUCCAGCUUUGACUGAUUUGUCAAACUCCAUAAUCAGUGAUGCAAACAAUUUGAAGUUAUACGAGGAGAGACUUUCCCCCGAGAGGCAACAUGACGACACAUUCACAGUCCCAAGUGACACUGAGCAGACCUCAAUGUCAAAACAGGAGAAUGCCAGUAAAAAUGGAAGUGUGUCCUGCUCAAAUCCAGCCCCUGUAUCAGCAGGAAGUGACUUUAUCCAACCUGAAAGCAAAAUAGGAGAAGAUUUAGAAUUUCACAGCCGACAAGAAAAACUUCUUGUGCAGUCAGAAGCUCAUGUUGCAGAGGAAACACCUGCACUACGAUUGAACAACUCUUCUGACUUACCUGCUUUUACAAAUUACUUAAGUACUGAAAUUAAAGUUGGUCAAAAAUGUAGCGAUAUGGAAACUGCAGCUUUAAAUAAUUAUGAUUUGUCAAAUAUCAGCUGUGCAAGAGAUGCAAUGUCAGAGAGGCCACAUGAGGACACUUUAACAGACCCAAGUGACAAUAAGCAGAGUGCAUUAUCAAACCAGGGAAAUGACAGUACUGGUAAUAAUCAAGAUUUGAAUGGCUCUUUAUCAUCCUACAUUGACUUGAUACAACCUGAAACCAAAUGGGGAGAUUUAGACUCUUCUUGUCAACCAGAGACAGUUUCUUUGCUUUCAGACCGCUGCUUUACAGGGACAACCUCUGCACAACAAUCAAACUCUUAUUUAUCUGCUUUUUUAGGUGAUUUAAGUACAGCAAAUCAUGUUAGUCAAAUAAGCAACGAUAAGGAAGCUUCAGUUUUUACCGAGACUGAUUUGACUGACUCCAUAAUCAGUGGUUCAGACGAUGUAAAGUUAUAUGAGAUGCUUUCCCCAGAGAGGCAACAUGACACCCUCGUAGUCCCAUGUGACGCUGAGCAGGUCCUAAUUUCAGAACAGGAGAAUGACAAUAGAAGCAUGCCCUGCUUGAAUCCACCAUCUGUAACAAAUACUGACCUGGUGCAACCUGAACCCAAAAUGGAAGAAGAUUUUGGAUCUCCUAGUCAACCUGCUCUGUCAGGCAGAUCUGCUGUGUGCUCAGCAGCUUGCUCUGAGAUUUGUAGCCGUGUCAAGACUCCAGUAGUUGAUCGGGAAGAAAUUACCACAGAACAUACUAAUUUAAGUGACUUGCAAGAGCAACAAACUCGUAUUCAACAAAACAACAUACCUCAUGGACAGGUGGAAGGCUCCAUCAGAGACACUCUCAUACAUACAUUGAAACAAAACAUCUUUACAUCUAACAGCAAAACCAUGGAAAGCUCAGAACCUCGGGAAGAAAAAGUCUGUGAGAGCGCAGAAGGUGCUCCAAAUGUCCAACUGCAGCUCCUGCAGCUGUUAAAGACCGCUUCCUUGAACCAGGACUUUUCAGUUCUUCAGGAAAUGGUGGACAGUUUGAGCAGUGCACUGGAGGGGGACUCACAAAACGACCAGCAUCGCGAGGAGAGCUCCGAGAAAGAGGACGAGAAGUCAGCAGGAAACGACAAAGAUGACUGUCACGCUUGUGCAAAAACUCGUGAAUCGUCCUCUCGGAUGAUUGACAGCUCGGACGCUGGCAAAGCUGAAAAGCUGUUCUCCAUCCAUGAUUACUUGGAAUGCGUUGGAAGACUGCAGGACCAUGCUGAUAUUUUAGAAGAUGUGAAAAAAGACCUUUCGAUGCAGGCGCCUAUGGGCAGCAGCAUGGAUGAUCUGCAGAUCCAAAUAGAAGAAUGUCAGUUUUUAGAGUCUGAGCUGUCUAAGCUUGGUGGUGUACUGACAGCAGAUAUGAAGAAAGCUAAAGAGCUCUUGAACUCAUCUCAUGAAGACAUUCCUCCACAAAUUCAUCAAGAUUUGGCCUCAACACAUCUGGAGUUAGAGACAAAUUUUAUUGCUGUCUCUCAAAUGUUUGCAGAAAGGAAUGACUCCCUGAUUCAAGCAAUGGAAGCAGAAAAGUCUCACUUGGAAUCAUCAUACCAGAAACAUCUCGGUGAUCUCAAUGAGCUAAUGGGCCUCAUUCAGAAGAAGUCCGAGAUGUUGGAUCUGGAUUUGAACAUGUGUGAUGAGGACACACUGAAACGUUUAAGCCAUCAAAACAUGGAUACGGAGAAGAACCUGGUGCAAGAAGCCAGACUUAAACUGGAGGAGGUCACGUUUGAUAUUCAGUGCUUCAUUUCUGAGCACACUCAGUUUCUGAGUCCAGCUCAGAGCAGCUACCUCCUGAAGUUCCUCACCAGCACACAGCGAGCUUUCAAGGAUCAAACGGAGCAGCUCAUUACACAGAGGAGUGUUUUAGAUGUCCUGCUGGACAGCAGACAGAGAGAAAAGGAAGAAGAGUCUUUAAUGGCCAAACAAAAGGAGUUUGCAGAUAAGCUGGAGGAAGUGUGCGAUAACCUCACCCUGACCGAGAACCAACUGCUUGGCCAUCAGCAGCAGGCAGAAAAAGCCGAGUGUGUCACAGACCUUCAGCAGUAUCAGCAGGAGCAUCAGGCUCUGCAAAAAGACGUGCUUACCAAUGCCAGUGCUUUGAAUGAGGUCAUCAGCAGCACCAAAAAGUUCCUGGAGGAGAAUCGCUGCAAACUGACACCAGAUCAGAUCGCCACGAUUGAGAGCCAGCUGGAAGAAGCUAAAAGUAAAGCUAAGCUCAUCAAUCGGCGGGCAGAGGAAUCCAGAAAAGAUCUGGAGAAGGUUGUUACAACAGCUAUAAAACAGGAGAGCGAAAAGGCAGCAGCUGUUGAGCGGCUUGAAGAAAGUAGGAAUAAAAUCGAAGGCCUUCUAGAUUGGAUAUCCAACAUAGGGAAUGAAAACCUGUGCGGUCUGGAUCAAACUGACCAUAUAAGUAAAGAGAAUGGAAACCUGCCAGAGGACUCAGCCAAAGGACUAAUAGGAAAAGAUGAUGAUGCCAAUGGAAACGCUUUACAGACCCCCGAAAAGGAUGUUGGCAGAGAGACCAAAGUUGAGAACUCUGCAUCCGGCGACCUUGAUAAACAAUAUGACAGAGUGAAGGCCCGCCAUCAGGAGAUUUUGUCCCAGCAGCAGGAUCUGAUCAUGGCCACCCAGUCAGCCCAGGCUCUGCUUGACAAACAAGCAAACGUGCUGUCACCAGAGGAGAAGCAGAGGCUUCAGAAGAACAUCCAAGACCUGAAGGAGCGCUAUGAGGCCUCUCUGACUCAAGCUGAGCAGCAGAUGAAGCAGGUGCAGUGUGUCCAGGAGGAGCUGAAGAAGUUCCAGGAUGACUGCGAGGAGUUCGAAGGCUGGUUGAACCAGGCUGAAGGGGAGAUGGAUGCGCUGGGUGCUCCUGCAGGCUCUCUCAAUAUUCUAACUGAUAAACUUCAGCAACAGAACGUUUUCUCUGAGGAUGUGAUUUCCCACAAAGGGGACCUUCGCUUUAUCACCAUUUCAGGACAGAAAGUUCUUGAUGUGGCUAAAGCUUGUGGACAGUCAAACCAUGCAGAUAAUAAUUCUCUGCUGGAUGUGGAUACUUCAGGGACCUGUUUGGCUGUAAAGGACAAAGUGGAUGUAGCAGCCAGCCGAUAUAAAGCACUGCAUUCACAGUGCAAUCUGCUUGGUAACAACCUCAGAGAAGUGGUGGACAAGUACAAAAAGUAUGACGACUCAAGCACUGGCCUUCUGAAGUGGCUCAACAUCUCAGAGGAGGAUGCGAGGAAGCACCAAUCAGAGGCCAUAGCAGCUGAUCCACAGAUACUCCAGAAACAGCUGGAGGAGACCAAGGCGUUACAGGGUCAGAUGAUGGGACAUCAGACCGCUAUCGAUACAUUACAGAAAACAGCAGAGUCUUUGGUAACAUCUGAAGGAAAUCUCCUCAGUAACCCAGACGAGAUCCAGGAGACAGUUGAUGAUAUUGUUGAGCGCUACGACAACCUUUCCAAAUCUGUGAGUGACCGAAAUACAAAAUUGCAAAUCACCCUGACCCGCUCCAUGAGUGUCCAGGAUGGUUUGGAUGAGAUGAUGGGAUGGAUGGAGAGAGUGGAGGCCAGUGUGAAGGAAAAAGAACAAAUACCCCUGGACUCUGCAUCUAUUGGAGACAUGCUCAGUAAAGAAGCAGCUUUAGAGCAGGACAUACUGAGUCGCCAGAGUAGCAUCUCAGCCAUAAAAGCCAAGGUGAAGAAGUUCGUGGAGACGGCAGAUCCCUCGGCAGCGGCGCUGCUGGAGUCAAAGAUGGAUUCUCUCUCCCAGCGCUUCACUGAUGCCUGUGAUAAGCACAAGAAAAAGGUUUCCCACCUGGAGCAGGUGAAAGAAAAGGUUGAGCAGUUUGAAAACAUCUCAGACAAAGUCCAGCAGUUUGUCGUGAAGCGGCUGCAAGAGCUGCAGGAAACGGACGGACCUGGGAAAACGUUUAAUGAAAUGUCUGAACAAACACAGAACACUAAAGCUGAGAUGGCUGAAUAUUCCAGCGAUAUGGAGAAACUGCAGACUCUGUCCAAGGAGCUGUCUGUCAUAAGCCCUGAUGGAAGCAAAGCCAAACUUCAGAGCAAGAUGGACACGCUCUCUAAUGUUUUUAACACUUUUAAGGACACAGUUAAUGAAAAGGAAGAAGAGCUAUCGUCUUGUCAGGACCAGAUGGGAGAGUUCAGGUCUGCAGUCUGCGUGCUCACCAAGUGGCUGGAAGAGACCAAUGACAGAGUACCUGCAGCUCAGCCAAGCAGCAGUGAGAAAAAUCUGAAGAAGGACCUGCAGAUCAUCACUAGCUUAUUACAUGAAUGGUCAUCCAAAGGCCCUGCUGUCCAAGACCUGAACACCAAAGGAUCUGCACUGUGCAGCCUGAUCACCUCUCUCACAUCUCCUGCCAAGAGUAAGACCCCUAACAAGUCAGCUCUUACUAACGGUGGCGGUCCAGCGAGCCACAGCUACCUAACAAAUAAAGAGUUGAUGGGAAUCCAGCAGAACAUGUCGUUUGUUAAUGAGGAGUACACUAGUCUUGGAGAAACGCUAAAGAGUCAAAAAGAGCAGCUGAGUGGUUUGCUGCGUGAGGUGAAAGAGACCCAAAAGGAGACCGAGGACAUGAUGACAUGGCUGAAGGACAUGAAGAAGACAGCAGAGUCCUGGAACAGUGCAGCUGCUGAGAAGGAAUCUGUGAAAGUGCAGCUUGAGCAGCAGAGGGUGUUUCAAGAUGGGAUGCAGAGGAAGCAGGAGCAUCUUCAGAAGCUAAGAGAGAAGCUUCUGGGCUUGAUCUCAACACGUCCUAACUCCCCCGAGGCAACAACGUGGAAGAAGAUGCUUUCAGAAAUAGAUUCUGCUUGGGCGGAAAUCAGUGGCUCUGUAGAAGAAAGGAAGCAGCACCUGGAACAGUCCAACAAAAAUCUAGACGUCUUCCAAUCAUCCGAGCUGCAGCUUGGUCAGUGGCUCUCAGAGAAGGAGCUGAUGAUGAGUGUCCUCGGACCUCUCUCUAUAGACCCAAACAUGUUAAAAAUGCAGAAACAACAAGUUCAGAUCCUCCAAAAUGAGUUCAAGAGCCGUAAACCUCAAUACGAACAACUCGAGGAAGCAGCUGCAGCCAUCCUCAGCUCAACGGGCAAACAGGAGCCUUCAAAUGGGAAACCAUUGAAGGAGAAAUUGACUGCUGUCACCCAGAAGUGGCAAGGCCUCACAGCACAGCUGGACCAGCGAGACAGCCUAAUCGACCAAGCAGUUGUGAAGACCGGGCAGUUUCAGGAGUUACUGAGAAGCCUCAGUAACACGGCCACUCAGCUGGAGAAUCAGCUCACCAACCAUCACUCCAACAGCACCCAGCCUGACGCCGUGAAGAAGCAGCUGGAAGAUGUCCAGAACAUUUCAGCUGAGCUGCGAGAGGAAAGGAAGAAGCUGAAGCAGGCUGAGGCCGUCAGUGCAGAGCUCUCAGCGUUAGUGACUGAGGACUAUCUUAAAGCAGAUCUGGCGAGGCAGCUGGAAAACGUCAGCAAGCCUCUUAAACAGCUGGAAGAGAAAGCAGCAAAACGGAUCGAGCAGUUGAAUUCAACCUUUGCCAGUUCUCAGCAGUUCCAUCAAACCUCCAAAGACUUCCAGUCAUGGCUGAGUGAGAGGCUCCAGGAACAAUCCAAGUCUCUGCCCAUCUCUGCCAAAGUAGAUGUUUUGCAGCAAACCCAGGAGGAGCACAAUAAACUGCAGAGCGCUCUCAAAGAUCACGAGGAAGCGUACUGUGCAAUCACUGGCGAAGGCGAGAUGCUGCUGCAGAGCACUGAUGGUGCAGAAAAGUUGGCUCUGCAGGGUCAGCUCACUGUCCUCUCAUCCAACUGGGAGGAAGUGAAGAAGGGCUCUGCCGAGCAGGCUGACAGACUGCUAGCUGCUGUCCUGAGAGCUCAGAAGUAUUACGAGCAUGCAGAGAAGCUGAACUCUUGGAUACAAGAUUGUGAAGCCAGCGAGGGCCGUAUUAAACUCACUGUUGAUCCCGUGGCUACGGAAGGCUCCAUCUCUCAGGUGAAAGCACUUCAGAAGGAUGUCGACAAGCACAGAGGAGUGGUGGAACAGCUUAACACAGCUGCUGAAAGCCUUCUUGAGGUGGCCAAUAUGGACACUGAAGCUGUAACAGAAGAGAAGGCUACCGUUGGUAAAAAAGUAGAUAAAUUGGUGGAUGGACUGCAAGCCAAAAGGGAAUGCCUGGAGAAGAUCUCACACUCUGUUAAAGAAUUUAAUGAUGCCCACAAAGAAGCAAAGAGCCAGCUUGAAGCUGCUAAAAAGCAGGUGGAUUCUUAUGAAUCACAGGGGCUCCAGGCACACAGCAACAAGAACUUGACAAACAUGAAAGCCCAACAAAAGAGUUUAGAGGGAGUGCAGAACCAAGUGGAGCACAUGAAAACCUUGGCAAAGGAGCUUGUACUAGAUGCUCCAGAUGCUCAAGGAGUGACAGAGCUUUUACUUCAGGCAGAUAACGUGGAAAAAGAUUACAGCGGCCUUAACAAGAAACUAGAAGAAGCAUGCCAAACGUUGGAGGGUAAACUGCAGGGUAUCGGACAGUUCCAAAACAGCAUUCGUGAGAUGUUUACCCAUUUCACAGAUCUUGAUGAUGAACUCGACAGCAUGUCUCCAGUAGAUUUGGAUUUGCCCACUCUUAAAGAGCAGCAGGACAGCAUUCAGAGUUUUGUGGCUAAGCUGCAAGAGCUGAUGACGAACACGGCCAAUGCUGGAAACAGUUGUCAGAAGAUGCUAAAAGAGUCUGAAUCAUCACCUGACCUGUUGGGUCUGAAAAGAGAUCUGGAUGCUCUAAGUAAGCAGUGUGGCAAACUGUUUGACCGAGCCAAGCAAAGAGACGUCCAGGUACGGAGUACUCUUAGCAAACUGGAGGAGCUUUAUGGUAAAUUUCAUCAAGUGGAAGAAAAACUUCUCAAAGCUGUGGACAAGGAAACAUCUCAGGAGGUUGUUGGCAUGGAAACAGAUGUGAUCAACCAACAGCUGGAGGCCUUUAAGUUGUUUCUCAUUUGUCUCAACAUGGGCAAGCCGCUGAGCAGACCAGAUUGUCUCAGACAAAACCCUUCCUGCGUUGGGAAGGGGGAGGAGGAGGACCUGAACAUUGAUGACUGCUACGUUCCCCAGAGAUCCAUUUAUGACACUGUACGACUCAAUGAGCAGAUCGACUCUGGAUCCAAGGGGAGCCUUUCUUCUAGGCACUUCACAGGCACCUUACCUUACACACAUCGCACAUUGGACUUCAGCAACCUGUGUGGGAACGGAGGUAUUUCAGCUUCUAGUUCCUUUGAGCUCCGAACCAGAAAACCUGCUGUGCUGGAUGAGCGUGCAGUCUUUGACGGGCUUAAACUUAAUGGGAACAUGAUAAGUGAUACAGUGCUGCCUAAAACUCAUCUUCAGGGAGGAGACAAGAAGGAGCAUCCUCACCACCGCAGGUCGUGGAGGACUUUUGCCCCCAAUAAUUUAGGGGAAUAUGCCAGCCGCAGUGGCACUCUGAGUUCUGGGACCAUUGAGAAGCCUGGCUUGAUUAACGGCAAGAGAGGACAGAGUAUGACCAACUCACUGACAUCUGAAGAAGACUCUGGCCUGUACAGUCCCUCUGUGGAGAGGCAGCGACAUGCACGUAAAUCCCACAAAAAAUCUGGCCCUGGAACAAGGAGCUUCUCAUCGUCUGAGGCAAUGCAUAUGUCUGGGGACCUGAAAACAGGACGGUCCCUAAGCUCAGGACAAGAGGACUUCCCUUUCUCCCCUGUGAGAGCCAACCUCUACCACAGUGGCAGUUUGAUUCGAGAGCCACGAGAGAAAGAACCUGGAGCGGUGAGGCUUAAUGGAAAGGAUAUUCUGAGCAACGGGGAAUACAAAUACUCCACAGGGAGGUCAUCUUUGGGGUCAGUUUCCAAAACUCAAAACAACAGCUCUGGCUGGCGUUCCAGGACUUUAACAGACUACAAUGAGCUAUCCACUGCUGAGCUGCUGGAAGAUGGAUCAUCUCAGGAUGACUGUGAGCUGGUUAGUGUGGUGGUGACACAGCCUGAGCCAUAUGGAAACUCUGUAAUCCUACCCACCGAGAGCCGCCUGCAGACGUGUACUAUGCAACAAGGAGUGUCCAAGUACAACAUGGAAGAGCUGGAGGAGUUCCUGCAAUCACUUGAGGCCUGUCUGCCUAAAAGUUUACACGCAUUCCAGCAUGCAGGGGAGCAGGAGAUUGAGGCCUUACUGAAUGCUAUUGCUGCAUGCCCUGAGAUUGACCCCGUGGCUUAUUUCUCUCCACAGGUGAACUCAGCGUGGGAAAACCUCAACAAGACUUGGAAGGAAAGAGUAGAGGGACUGGAGGAAGCUAUGCAGGCGGCCGUGCAGUUUCAAGAUGGACUGCAGGGUAUGUUUGACUGGGUGGAUAUUCUGGAGAGCAAACUGGAUUCAAUGUCCCCCGUGGGCACAGACCUGGAGACGGUCAAGCAGCAGAUUGUAGAACUCAAGGAGUUCAAAGGAGAAACGUACCAGCUCCAGAUUGAGAUGGAGCGCCUGAACCACCAGGCCGGCCUCCUGCUGAAGAAGGUGAGGGAGGAGACGGAUCGCUGCGCCAUCAACGAGCCGAUGUCCGAGCUCAAGAUGCUCUGGGACAACCUGGACGAGAAGAUAAUCAGCCGCCAGCACAAACUGGAGGGAGGCCUCCUGGCUCUGGGCCAGUUCCAGCAUGCCCUGGACGAGCUGCUGGCCUGGAUGAGCCACACCGAGGAGCUGCUCAACGAACAGAGAAAAGCUGCAGGAGACCCCAAAGCCAUUGAGAUAGAGCUUGCCAAGCACCACGUUCUCCAGAUAGACGUGUUAGCUCACAAAUCAACCGUGGAGACGGUGAACAAAGCCGGUAAUGAACUGGUGGAGUCGAGUGCUGGAGAAGAGGCCUCCAGUCUGCAGAGCAAACUGGAGAAUCUGAACCAGAGGUGGAAAGCCAUCCUGGAGAAGGCGGAGCAGAGAAAGCAGCAGCUGGAGUCGUCUCUGCUUCAGGCCCAAGGUUUCCAUGGUGAGAUCGAAGAUAUGCAGCAAUGGCUGAAAGACACAGAACGUCAGCUGUUGGCAUCAAAGGCUGUGGGAGGCUUACCAGACACGGCUCGGGAGCAGCUUAACGCCCAUCUGGAGUUGUGUUCUGCCUUUGAGGCCAAGGAGGAGCUGUAUCAUGAGCUGCUAAACAAGGGUCACCAGCUGCUCGCCAUGACACCCGAGGGCCCAGAUAGCACCACGGAGCAUGACCUCGCCAACCUGAAGGAGAAGUGGGAAGCUGUGCAGACUAAGGUCACCGAUAGAAAGGCAAAACUAGAAGAAGCCUUAACGCUGGCCACAGAUUUCCACAACUCUCUUCAAGACUUUAUUGUUUGGCUAACCCAAGCGGAGCAGACGCUGAACAUGGUCUCCCCAGCUUCCCUCAUACUGGAAACCAUCAUGUUUCAAAUUGAUGAGCAUAAGAUGUUUGUGACCGAGGUGAACUCCCACAGAGAGCACAUCAUUGAACUGGACAAGACAGGAACGCAUCUGAAGUACUUCAGCCAGAAACAGGAUGUGGUGCUGAUCAAGAACCUUCUGUUGAGCGUGCAGGGCCGCUGGGAGAAGCUGGUGCAGAGAUCUGUAGAGCGAGGUCGUCUGCUGGACGAUGCCAGAAAACGGGCCAAGCAGUUCCACGAGACUUUUAACAAACUGAUGGAAUGGCUGGAUGAAUCUGAGAAAACGCUGGACUCUGAAGUGGAAAUUGCCAACGAACCAGACAAAAUCAAGACGCAGCUGGUGCAGCACAAGGAGUUCCAAAAAGCUUUGGGCAGCAAACAUUCUGUGUAUGACACCACCGCUCGAACAGGCCGAGCCCUAAAAGACAAAACUGUCCUUAAAGACGACAAACAGAAACUGCAUGACAUGCUGAGCGAACUGAGGGACAAAUGGGACACCGUUUGUGGCAAAUCAGUAGAAAGACAAAACAAGCUGGAGGAGGCCCUGCUGUUCUCCGGGCAGUUUACAGAUGCCCUCCAGGCUCUCAUUGACUGGCUGUAUAAAGUGGAGCCUCAGCUGGCUGAGGACCAGCCCGUGCAUGGAGACAUUGAUCUGGUUCUCAACCUGAUAGACACCCACAAGGUUUUCCAGAAGGAGCUGGGGAAGCGAACGGUGAGCGUUCAGGCUCUCAAGCGCUCAGCGAGGGAGCUGGUCGAGAACAGCCAUGACGACUCCUCCUGGGUAAAAGUCCAGAUGCAGGAGCUGGGCACUCGUUGGGAGACAGUGUGCAACCUCUCUGUGUCAAAGCAGACUCGGCUUGAGCAGUCACUCUGCCAGGCUGAGGAAUUUCACUCUGCUGUUCAUAUCCUGCUGGAGUGGCUAGCUGAGGCCGAGCAGAGUUUGCGUUUCCAUGGCAGCCUGCCCGAUGAUGAGGAGGCUCUGCAGGGGCUUAUUGAACAACAAAAGGAGUUUGUGAAAAAGCUGGAGGAAAAGCGAGUGGGUCUGAACAAAGCAACCAGCAUGGGGGAGGCCAUUCUCAGCAUCUGCCAUCCGGAUUCCAUCACAACCAUCAAGCACUGGAACACCAUCAUUAAAGCCAGAUUUGAAGAGGUGCAGGCUUGGGCUCGGCAGCACCAACAGCGACUAGCUGCAGCCCUCACUGAUCUGUUAGCCACUCAGGAUCUGCUGGAGAAUCUUCUGACCUGGCUGCAGUGGGCUGAGACCAACCUGAAUGACAGAGAUAAGGAGCUACUGCCUCAGGAGAUCGAGGAGAUCAAGAAUCUCAUAGCAGAACAUCAGGUAUUUAUGGAGGAAAUGACCAGAAAGCAGCCAGAUGUGGACAAAAUCACCAAAACACAUAAAAGGAAGCAUUCUGUGGAGCCUCAGAUUCAGUCUCAGAUUCCUGUUCUGGACAAAGGAAGAGCUGGAAGAAAACGCUCCCCCACACAAACGAUGUACGCAUCAACCACACAGGCUCCUAUAGAAACCAAGAACCCACGAGUCAACCUGCUGGUCAGCAGGUGGCAGCACGUGUGGCUGCUGGCUUUGGACCGAAGGAGGAAACUCAACGAUGCUUUGGACAGACAGGAGGAGUUAAAGGAAUUUGCCAACUUCGACUUUGACGUGUGGCGGAAGCGCUACAUGCGCUGGAUGAACCACAAGAAGUCUCGUGUCAUGGACUUCUUCCGCCGCAUUGAUAAAGAUCAAGAUGGCAAGGUGACCCGGCAGGAGUUCAUAGAGGGAAUUCUUUCAUCCAAAUUCCCAACCAGCCGGCUGGAGAUGAGCGCCGUGGCGGACAUAUUCGACAGAGAUGGCGACGGAUACAUCGACUAUUACGAGUUUGUGGCAGCGCUCCAUCCCAACAAAGAUGCCUACAAGCCGUUAACAGAUGCUGACAAAAUUGAAGAUGAGGUUACACGUCAAGUAGCAAAAUGCAAAUGCCCGAAACGAUUCCAAGUGGAGCAAAUUGGAGCAAACAAAUACAGGUUCUACCUUGGAAACCAGUUUGGUCUGGUUCACUGCUUACAUGACUCCUUAAUGGGCGAUGAGUCAAUAGCAAACAGGGAAAAUCAAAAUCUUACCCAGCAUCUACACGUUGCAGUUUUGGAAAGCUGUAUUCUGUUCGGAGACUCCCAGCAGCUGCGUCUAGUGCGAAUUUUACGCAGCACGGUGAUGGUGCGGGUGGGAGGAGGGUGGAUGGCGCUGGAUGAGUUCCUGGUGAAGAACGACCCCUGUCGAGUUCAUCACCACGGGAGCAAAAUGUUGCGCUCGGAGUCAAACUCUUCGAUUACUCAGUCUCCUAUAGGUUGGCAAAUCUCACACUUUCUCACCUUGCUCCAUGAACCCACUAGCGCUAAAGGCAGGACCAACUUGGAGCUGCGAGAGAAGUUCAUCGUCCCAGAGGGAACCACUCAGAUCAUGGCCAGUUUCCGCUACAGAGGCCGGAGGUCUCGGCCGUCAUCAAGAGGAGCUUCUCCCAACAGAUCCAUGUCCAGUCAGAGCUGCCCAAUUCCAAUAAACCUGACAGCCACCGGCACACCCAAGACUCCCCAACAUAUUACCCGCAAUUAUGAUAAGCCAUGGCUUACAAACAGCAAAUCCUGCUCUCCUCUUAAAUCAUCUGACUCGUUUGAGAGCCAAGGUUCAUCCUCAGAGAGUACAGCGGUUCAAGGCAGCAAGUUACGCCUUCCUGGCUACUUAUCUGGCAAAGGAUUUCAGUCAGGUGAAGAGGGAACUUUGAUCAAAGCUGCCGUGCUGAAAGCUCGAACGCAGACAAUCGGUGAGUUGAAGAAAAAUUCCAGCCGACCGGGCAGUAAAGCCGGAAGCAGAGGGAGCAGUCGCAGAGGAAGCGAUGCCUCAGACUUUGAUAUUUCAGACAUCCAGUCUGUGUGUUCGGACGCAUCCGAGACAGUCGGAGAGGCCACUCGAGCGACAUCGCGCUCUGCAUCCCGCCAACACGGAGGGAAACCCUCCAAGAUCCCUACUCCUCAAAGAAAAACCACUUCCACAAGCAAACUGGCCAAGGGAUCCAAGCAAUAGUCAGUGGCCUUGAAACCAAACAACCCAGGAGCUAAAUGCACCCUUAAAACAUAAGACACUGGAGACGUUGACCUUAAGAGACUGCAGAUGUGUUGAGUGUUAUUUAAAUUGUUGCAAAGAUGUAAAAUAUUCUGUUAAGAGGCAGUAUGGUUUAAUAUGUGAGAAUGGAAUGUUGAUGGCCUUGUGUGUUUGCUUUUAAUGUAUUUUAUUUUUUGUGAAAUUGUUUUUUUAAUUAAACUUCAUUUUAUUUAUGCAAAUCCCAUAGAGGAUUGACGAACACAAAAAAAUUGUGGGGGUAACCAUGUUGGAACGAUUAUUUAACAAUUCUUCAAACUAAUGAAGGGCAACAAGAGCAGGGUGGGGUUUGGAAAGUUACCGAAUGUACUGUAAUUUAUCACCGGUGAUGUUUGGAGUAGAUGGUGCAUUAUUGUACCACUUCAGGCACUGCAAAUAUUUAUUUAAGUGCUAUGUUAUACUGCCAACUUGCAUUUAGAAGGGCAAUGCAAUAUAGAACAAUAAUCCUUAGUAAGCACUCCGGAAAGAUUUGAAAACUCUUAUUUACGAGUGGUAGCAGAAACCUUGUAAGUAUGAAGCUUUCAAAACUUCUUCAUUUGUUUGUCAGCCACGGCAGCCUGGCUUUUGUUCCACCACUUUACAGCAGUGCGUUUUCUUGGGGAGGUGCCACUCCACGUAGCUACUCUCUGUGCAGUCAUGUCUAUGUACGGUCUUUUCGUUGAGCUCAAAAUUGUUACUGUAACUUUACUUUGUAAUAAACCUGCUUGCAAAAAGCC